CCGUGCAUUAUCGUCGCGACCUCCACGACGACGGAGCACUGGCGGGUAGGCACUAGGCGAGGUGGGGGGAAUCGGAGUAUCUCGCUAAGAGCGACCGGAGGCCGGGCUCGUAGCUCUCUUCACUCGUGUUGUGGCGCCGACGAGGUGCACGCAACUGUUCCUGUUCCAUCCGGUCAGUGCCGGCAGGUGGUGGGUGUGUACGGAACGUUUUGGUCUCCCGGUCUCACAGAGAAGGAAGAAGAAUCUGCUCGAGUUCGCUCACUGCCGUGUGGAGCACCAGUCAUGGGUGGAUAUGCAUGGGUUACACUGGCUACGAACGAUGCCUACUCCCUGGGAGCGUUGGUCCUGGCGCUUUCCCUACGCCGGGUCGGUACCAAGUACGAGCUGGCCUGUCUGGUCACACCUGGAGUUACAGCGACCAUGAGAGAAAAAUUGGCGGCAGUAUUUUCCUUGGUCCAGGAAGUCAAUGUUCUCGACUCAAAGGACGAGGCGAAUCUAGCCUUGUUGGCUAGACCAGAAUUGGGCAUUACUUUCACCAAGUUACACUGUUGGAGGCUAACUCAGUACGAGAAGUGUGUAUUCGUCGAUGCAGACGCGCUUGUCGUGCAAAAUUGCGAUGAGUUAUUCGAGCGAGAGGAAUUAUCAGCAGCGCCCGACGUCGGUUGGCCUGACUGCUUUAAUUCCGGAGUAUUUGUAUUCAGACCGUCUCAACAAACGUUUGCGUCAAUCACCGCAUUCGCUGCUGCCAAGGGCUCGUUCGACGGCGGUGAUCAAGGUCUAUUGAACAUGUUCUUUAGCGACUGGGCUACCAAGGAUAUUUCUAAGCAUCUGCCAUUCAUUUACAACAUGUGUUCUACCGCAACGUACUCUUAUCUUCCCGCAUUUAAACAAUUCGGCGACGACGUGAGAAUAAUACACUUUAUCGGCAUAACGAAACCGUGGUUACAGUAUUUCGAUACCCUGACCGGUACCGUUCAGCCGCCAUCGGGAUCACCGCAUUUGCAACCGUUGUUGCAACUAUGGUGGAACAUAUUCUGCGAGCGAGUGCAUCCUCAACUAUCGCCUUCCAUGGCCACCAGCACAUUGGCUCCAAUUUGGCACGCAUUUACUCUCCCAUUCUAUGUACCCCCUUCUCCCGAGACCUCCGAUAACUCUGACGCGACGAAUAGCAACACAUACAGCUCUCGGAUACCGGAUUUCUCCGAAUUUAAAGAUCCCUGGGAAAAUUAUUCCCCACGGAACCAUCCGUUUCCGACUGACAAUAGUACGCCGAGUGGCAAUGACGAAAAUUGUCACUGCGGAAUUAAGUAUGAGACAGAAGGAAACGCUGUUUGUCAAAGUGAUGAUCACGGUGCAUCUCAACUCGCACACAAUCAACAAUUUCACUAUGAGCAACAACAUUCCUCUUACACGCCUGUACAAACGUACUAUCAACAUCAAGAUCACGUAACUUCUAAUCCCGGAGAGAAUCGCAAUCAAGAGCAUUUUCCACAGCAUACUGAACAUCAUCAUUGGCAGCAACACAAUGAGCAAAAACACCACGUUGAACAGCAUAAUGAACAGAGCCAUCACCAUUAUGAUGAACAAAAACACAAUAACGAGCAUCACCAACAGUUUCAUCACAGAAGCAAAGCGGAUGAACAUCACCAUUAUCAACAGGUUCAGGAACUGCAGCCUGCCGAAGUACGGCAUGAGAACCACGCGCAACACUACGCUAGUAGUCAAGCUAGUCAUCAAAAUGCAAAUCAUCUGAGUCAUACUGUUCCUCACAAUAAAUCUUGUGCGCAGCAGCAUAUUAGCAACCGAGAUGCUCGUGAUAACUUUGCAUCUCAUUAUCGAUGUAAUGAAAAGAACAGCGAGCAGGCGCUGGAAGCUGCGAAUAAGCAGACAGACAUGCAGAGAAUCGAUUUCCCUCCUUCCUCUCCCGCACCUUGUACAGAUCUCCACAAUGUAGCCACGCGAUCUGACCCGAAUGUAACGGAACAUCUAGACAAUGCAAAUACGGGUAUCGCCGGUGCCCUGGCUCAACUGACGUUGGGCGAAGCGAGGAGCACCGAGCAAAUAGCCCUGGAGGAGCAUAUGAGGAAGCAGAGUUGGGAACAAGGACAGAUUGACUACAUGGGCCGCGACAGCUUCGACAACAUAUGGAGCAAGAUUUGCGAGACGCUCUCCCUCGCACCGCAACGGCAGCCAACUCCACCUAAAGAGAAUACUUCUACUUUGGAGACCGCUGUAAAAGAGACCGCUGUAAAAGAGACCGCUGUAAAAGAGACUGCUGUAAAAAAGACUGCUGAUGCUGAUGUCAAAGAGGAUAAACCAGCUGUUGAGGCAGAUAAGGAUUCAACGCAAUCUCUAAUAUGCGAAGUUCCUAAAGAGGAGAAGCUUCCAGCGACACAAAUCCCCGAGCAAAAAGCACCCGAAUUAUCUUCCGAAGAGAGUACCGCGAUAGAAACUGCUACAACGAAAGUACUCAGCGAGCCGAUACAAUUGUCGGGAGACGUUUGUGUAAAACCGGCAACAGAACUGAAAGAUGUAAAAUCGUGCGAAAUCUGUACCGAAGUGCCUCCUCCGCAGCCGCCGGCAGAAUGUCCGCUGUCCGCGCGGACAACUGCGGAACAAUGCGAUCUCGCAAGCUUGCAAACAAUGCAGGAAGCGGCGCCUCAAAGCGAAAGUCUUAUCCCCGAAGCGAAAGAAGCGCAACAAGCUGAUUCGCAAACAUGUCCUUUGGUCUGUAAAUUACCUGCGCAAGAAGCAACUAUGCCUAGUACACAAACUGCCGAGUCAGCGCCUAUUGAAGCUAAGCCAGAGAUCCCAGUUUCUGCUCAAGACGUAACGCAGCUUGCAGCUCCGCUUAGUAUGGGCAGUCCGCAAGACGUUGCUAUAACUUCUCCCGUAGCAAGUGAAGCGCCAAUAGAAGACAUUGCAAAACCUAUAACCGAAUCUGUGGCUGCCGUAACACAGCCUCUCACGAUAGAUCCAGGCGAGCAGCAUGCUGAGAUGCUGUUGGCGGCUUCCGAAAUCUCCACCGUGAGUCCCGUGCCUAUUCAAGUUGCGGAAUCGGUUCUCCAGGCCGAGCCCAAAGAAUCCGUGUUGGGCGCAGCCGUAAUCGUGAGCGAUCAAGCGAUCGCUACGACGGUCACGGCCGUACAUGAGUCUACAGAUGUUGUUUCUGCAUCGACACCGAUGCAACCUGUUCAGUUAAACGGAUCGGCUUGCGAAAUUGAAAGACGCGGUGAUGUCAUGACAGCUACAGCACUAGUUUCCGGUCUACUGGAAAAGACUGCUGCUCCUCCUGAGGCGACUAAGGAAUCAGCGAGCGAUCUGGUUACAAGGAAAGAUGUCUCAUCAGAAAUACCGCCGGCUACUGAAGAAAAAAUAUUAACCAGUAGCAGCGUGGUACCCCUUGAAACAUCGUCUGCGGAAAAAUUAGCGGAACAGGUUGCGAAAACCGAAACGGAGCAGGCAAAGCCUGCAGAACAGAUUACGAAGACGGAAACGGCAGAAGUAAAACCUUUGGAGCAGAUUACAAAGGUAGAAGCUACGGAAGAAAAAACUGCACAGGAGGUUGCGAAAGCCGAGACGAUAGAAGCGGUUGUGAAACAAGAGGAAACAGCUGUGCAAGCUGAAACAGCGUCUACCGAACAGUUGGCAAUAGCGGAAGAGGCAAUAGCGAAAUCGCCGAGUGAAGUUCCAGAGUCACCGAUCUCUGAGCAGAGCCCAACGGAAGAACCCAUUAAAGUGAAACAGCCAGAUGUCCCAUCGACGCCGACGGUAACCGAAGCCACACCGCCGAUCAGUCCAUCCGUGGAGAGCGCGCAGGAGAUGGAAGAAGCAGCAGCAACGAAGAAGGUUUUGAAGAAAUCCGACUCGGCGGAAGACGGUGAGGACAAGAAGGGGGCGAAGAAGACGGUAAAGAAAGUGACAAAGAAACCGAAGGCGAAAGCCGAAGAAGCGGCUCCCUCAGCCGCGACGGAGGGUGCCGCCGCGGCGGACAGCAAGACGAAGAAAACUGUGAAGACAACGAAGAAGACCGGUGCGAAGACCUUGGAGACCGAUACGAGUGUGCCGGAAACACCACCGCCAUUAGCCGGCGCUGUCGGUGUCGAUACGCCUGUUCCGCCGAAGCGGAAGACAAAGGGCUCGAACGCGAAAGGAACCGGUAAAAAGUCUGAGAUGGAAGAAUAACCGGUUGAUUCAAGUCGACAAUAACGGUCUCGGAAUAGCUUGGAAGUCCGAGAGACCGAAAGACGUUCAAGAGAUGAAGAUCCUCCAAAUGUUCGUGCUGAGCAUCAAGCAAUACAUUGAGGUCCUAUGAAGGAAACUUUAAUCCUUUCGAGAUUCGCGCUUUUAAAAGACUUUUCGCGAACACUUUUUUUUACGGUUUUCUUAAGAUGAAAGAUUCGCUGAACUAUGUUAUCUCUGCAAGCGUAGACGAAGAUUGUCGCGAUUAGUUCGAACGCCAUCUCAAAAGGAUUAAAGGACGCGUUAGAAGAUCACACUCGCUAGUCUGUUACGGUUUUCCUUUUUUUUAUACUUUUAAUAUAUAUCUCGCGAGAGUUCUAUAUCGCCGUUGAGUUUCGGUACCGCGUUUCGUCGCGGAGGUAUCGAGCGAUACCGAGAGUUUAAUCAACGCCCAUAAAUAAUUCGUAUUUAUACGAGCCACGUUAUCUUCCCCUUGUCUUUUCUUUUUUGUUCCCUUUUAUAAAUUAACGAUAUACUCGCUUCUUCCUUAUAGUUUGUUCCUAUAUUCUUAGAUAUUAUAGUAAUUACCGUUUUCUCGAGCCAACGAAUCUCGCCAGAGCAACGCGAGCUCGAGUGUCUUAUCGCAAGCGAGCAUUUUAUAAUUUGUUUAUCCUUUUUAAUGUAUCUGAUCGAGCGUGUCGCAGGAAGAAAGAUGAGAAAUCGUCAGCUGUGAUUGAUUCUGUUGCGUGUAGCCACGUUUUUUCCAAAUUCAUGCGAAUUGAGUAUCAAGAUCGUGUGUUGUAACGUCCAACGCUUUUCACAUCGAUGUCGUAAGAUCAUCGGCGAGAGAGAAAAAGAGAGAGUUCCACGUUUUAUUUACACACAUCGUGCACACGUAUAUGUGCGUACACGACCGCAAUAUACGGAGUCCUGUCAUUGCGUGCAUCCUGCAUCGAUCGAGCGAGAUGGUGGAUGAAAGGAAAGUCCACUUAUCUCACGGAAUCAAUUAUUGUGAUUUCAGGAAACGCAAGAUAGAGUGCACUGUUAAUUUAUUAUACGCAACGAGAGCAAUAUAAGCAAUACAACGCUGCAAAAACGGCAACUAAGAUAUUAUAUGAGAAAUCUGAGUGGCUCAUCUUUUUAUAUACUCAUAUAUAUGUUAUAUAUUAUAUAUUAAAUUAUAUUUUUCAGUGUGUAUUUUUACUCUGUCUCGUUGAUAUUUCUAAAAAAAAAAAAUGUUCAUCUUUUCCACAUGUGUAUGUACAAAUAACAAAUUUCUUAUUCUAAUUUAGAUUUAAGCAAAUCAAACGGUUCUUUCUAAAUAUAUGAAAUACUCUCGAUCUUUCGAAAGAACCACGCCAUUCGCUCCAACAUAGUAAAUGCUACUGAUAGCUUUUUAAUAAUGAAGAAAGCCUUUGCCAAUCUGUUUGCAGGAAGUAAGUCGUAGGAAAUACUACAAAGAUGCAGAGUGUAAAAUUUGUAACAAAAUUUAUUGUCAAUAAAAACAUGUGUCGUCAAUGAAAAGAA